AUUACGAACAGCUGUGCGUAGAACUGGGGAGAUGAGGGAGAUGAAGUGUGAAGUGUCAAAAUAACCACGACAAAAUUAUCACAGAAUUCUGUAAUCAGCAACAAUCAAAAUGGCUGAGUAUAACGAAUUGUUAGACGACAAUAGUAUUGAAAUUAAAACUCAAAGUAUUGAAAGAACUUUACUUCCUUUGGUGAAACAAAUUUCAACACUAAUCAAUCAUCGAGAGCGCGGCUAUUGCUCUGAACGAUCAAUUCGAGCAGUAGCGCGAGUAGGACAAGCUGUGAAUUUAGCUGUUGAAAGAUUUGUGACUGUAGGAGAAACUAUCGCAGAUGAUAAUCCGGAGAUCAAGACUGAUAUGUACCAAGCCUGCAAAGAAGCAAGAGCUGCAGGUUCAACGAUUGAAAAAUUGUGUGAGGCAUCAAUUGAUGACUCAGUAGCAGACCGAGGAGCUGUUGUUCGAGCAGCCCGUUGUCUCCUUAGUGCUGUCACCAGAGUGCUCUUAUUAGCUGAUAUUGUUGUUGUCAAACAACUUCUAUUAGCCAAAGAUAAGGUUCAACACAGUCUAGGCAGGCUGGAAAACGUAACAAAUUUCACUGAAUUUGUGAAAGCUUUCAGUCAGUUUGGAAACGAAAUGGUGGAAUUAGCACAUGUCACUGGAGAUCGACAAAAUGACAUGAAAGAUGAACGAAGGAGGGCCCAGAUGGCAGCUGCUCGCCAAGUCUUAGAAAGAUCAACGCUUUUAUUAUUAACAUCAUCUAAGACUUAUUUACGGCAUCCGGAUAGUGAUUCGUCUCGACAGAACAGAGACACCGUGUUCUGCCAGAUGCGGAGAGCUAUGGAUUUAAUACACUACGUGGUAAAAGAUGGUAUCUGGGAAGGUGGAGGGUCUUUUACAGAUCAAGAAAAUGAAGGACAGACAUUAGCUGCAACGUUGCGACAUUUAGAUACCCUAAUAGAGAUGACAAGUCUUACUCUAGCCUUAGGAGAAAAAGAAAGUCUCAAUCAUGCGCUUGAUACAAUAGUCGAACGCACUCAAGACUUCACGGACAGUGCGUACACAUCCCAUAAUCAUCGUGAGAAUAUCAUUGUUCUUUGUGAACGAGUGAAAACACAACUGGAACAACUAAUACGUGUGGGGCUUGUCUAUGAAAAUGGUGAAGACCUUGCGUCCAAUCAUGAAUUAAACAUAGCCAUUGCAAAUUGCUUGGACGCUACAAGAGAAUUAAGGCAAGAACUGUGGGAAACGGCAGAAGAACAAACAAGUGAACUAGCAAGUGUUAUUAAGUUAGGUAACGAACUAGUGGCCCUAAUCAGAAAUACAGCCACAGCAGCUGACCAGCCACGACUUGAAGAGUACGCUGAGAAAUUUCAAGAAACAGUAGAACAUAUCCUAGAGACCUGUAAGAUUAUGCAACAUAUGGCGGUGACAGAAUCUUUGCAAGUUUCAUCGCGACAUGUUGAAAUCAAUCUCAGGAUUUAUGCUCCACAAGUUGUUACGGCGGCGCUAACUCUUGCUCAACAUCCUACCUCAAAAAUUGCAAAGGAAAAUCUAGAAGUUUUUACAAAUAUGUGGCAAUCAUUAACAACGGACAUAUCUAGUAUAUGUAGUGAAAUAAUGGAAAAACAGAAAAUUCCAGAAAAGCACACUUACAUGUCUCUACCACGACCAGGAAAACAUGGUACAACUAACAAACCUCUCAAAGCAGUAAGAUUGGACUUAGAAGAACAAGAAAAAAUAGCCAAAACCGGACUAGAAAUGAAAUUAGCAACGAAUGAAAUGGAAGCUGAAACCGAGCGAUGGCAGGAUUGCGAAGAAAACAACGACAUUGUCAAACGAGCGAAGAAUAUGAGUAGCAUGGCGUUCAGCAUGUAUCAGUUUACUCAAGGCAAAGGCACGCUCAGAACUACUCAGGACCUUUUUACACAAGCUGAAUACUUCGCUGAAGAGGCAAACAGACUUUACAAAGUUGUUAGACAAUUUUCCUAUCAGGUUCCUAUUGGAUCUCACAAAAAAGAGCUUCUAGAACAACUAGACAAAGUGCCUACAUAUGUUCAACAGCUACAAUUCUCAGUUAAAAAUCCUACCGUUGGCAAAGCGGCCACUUUCAACAAAGUCGAUAGUGUCAUCAUUGAGACCAAGAAUCUCAUGACCACCAUCUCUAAAGUCGUCACAACGUGCUUCGCAUGCGCACAAAAGUAUAACCUAGAUUUUAGUGGCCUGUCUGCUCGGGGAGGCUCUGAGCGAGGGUACAGAGACGGAGAAGAAGGUAGUGGUUCAGGCACGGGUGGAGACUCCGGCAAGAUGGGCUCUGGUUCAGGAUCGGAAGGGAGCAUGUGACAGUAUGGGAUGGCCCGGAGGGGCAGAGGAGACGGUCGGCGAACGCGUGUCUCUUUUCUUCUCUUCUGAGCCAUCCAGGUGCGCAGUUAUUUUUUUCAAUAUUUCAAAGUUUGUUCUAAGUUACAUAAACUUGUUAUUUUGUACUGUCUACCCUCAGCUGCUCAAGUGAAAUUUUUAUCUGUCAGGGUUCUUGCAGCCUCAAAUCGAGGGCUUCCAACGUCUCAAGAACCCUUGAGGGACUUGGCGAGAUUCUUGCAAAAAUAACGCUUUGGACGAAUUAAAUUAUAUUCACUAAAUCUAUGCCACACAGCAAUGAAGUAGGGGUGUUAUUUUAAGGUAGAAUUCUUUGCUCCUUUUUGUUGGUACGAUACUGUACUUCUUUCAUUCUAUUCGCUUAUUCUUAAAGAAAUAAGCAUCAGCUCAAUUGUACAAAAGUUUUAAAACUUUUCAAACUAUUUGUGUGAGCUUCAUUGUUGAAUUACGUUUUAUAUUUCUACCCAAUUAUAAUGGGCUGCAAGAACCCUAUCUGUCAAGCUGGCAGUCGGAUGACAACAACGGCUGGUGGCAAUUUGCCGUUGCUCAUGCAAGAAAUCAGAAUUUUCUGAAUCUUAUAAAGUGAUAAAGCUUUUUCUUGAAAGCUCUUCCAGAAUCAUUAAACAAAUCAAUUGCGGCACAAUGUAACGCUUUUCUCUUUUUAUCUCUCAAUUCUGAGGAGCCCCUCAAAUUGAUGGGUUUUUUUUUUUUAAAAAAAAAAAUCUUCUCAUUUGUGUAUUGUAUUAUUACCAUAAAAAUGAGGUAAGUAACUAUUCGAAUUUCAAAUAUAUUAAUCAAAAGAUGACUCAAAAAAUGUGGGUUGGCAAGUGAUCAGUGUGACCUGCGGCCAAGCUGCUUCUAAGAUUCUGUAGCCGGUCUUGGAUAUAAUGAGGGCUUAAAAUUGCCGGAUAGUUCGAUAAAAUGCAGAUAUUUUACAUGGAUUUAAAUAGGGAUAAGUGCCGAUUUUUUCAGCACUGUCUGGCAACUGUGGACUUGUAAAUCAUGUCUUCAUCAUUCCUGUAAUCUGAUGAUGAUGACUGGAGUCUCUCAUUUUUACAUAAUUCUCACAAAAAUUUGUUAAGUAACGUAUUUUCUUGUGUACCGUGUGUUCAUAUUUAACGAUGAUGAUUCUGCAGAAAUUCUGUUAACAUCUAGAAAAACUCUUUUAAAUUCCAAGCAACUGAUCUAAGUUGUUACGACCUUGUGUAUGAGGUAGUUAAUUCGAGGUUGCUUGUUGCCAAGAAAAUAUGUGAAUUUAAAGAAUCUGACAGCUUUAGAACAAUUUAAAAUUAGAAGACUGAAAAUGGCUGUUUCCAGGAAAAACUCAACUUUUCCUGAUGUUCAUCCCUCCAUCUUUCUUUUCUUUUUUUUUUGGUCGUCGAAAAAUCCACCGAAUAUGCAGUAUAACAACGAAAUUUCGAUCUAUAGCUGGAUUGCAGACUUUUUUACAAAAAACUAACUAUGUGACAUUGCACACAAGGAAAUACUGUUUUUCAAUUUUGUUCCUCUGAUUCCUUCUUCAUUUCCUUGUCUAAUAAUGAUGUAAUUAUUGCUGAUAAUAGUUUAAUUUUUUUAUUUUCAAGUAAUGUUUCAAAGUGUUCUUCCGUACUAAGUCAAUCAAAUUUAAUUUGUCAGUCAGCCUUUAAAAUAACUCUUUAAGUUUGUCUCAUUGUUUCAAGACAAUUGAAUUUUACGGAGCCCAAAGCCUUAUCCUAGUCAUAAGUUAAUUGAUAAUUAUUCAAAAAAUCCCCCUCCCCCCCUCCUACCUCUUUUGAAAAGAAACAAUACCAUGUUUGGAUUGUUAUUUUACAUAUACCUAUGCAUGUAUUUAUCUUGGUGAUUGAGAGCAGUGAAAUUUCAUGAUUAGAUCUGUCUACAAAAAUUAUCCAUUGUUAGUCCUGAAACAAAAGGUAAACCAUUCACCUAUUACAUUCAUCAUUUUUUUUUUUCAUUUUUUCUAUUUCAUUAAAAUGGAAAACCAAAGUACUUUGUCAUGAGCUUAUCAUGAGUUUCUAUUAGAACUUAUUUUUUUUUAGAGAAGGAUCAUUCCUCAAAUUAAAGGUAUUUUCACUUGCCCUGUAUUUAAAGAGUCACAUCUUGGCAUUUUCUAAAUUAUUAUGUUUAAAUUUUAGAAUUGCUUGAAGCGACCGUUUAACGUUCAAAAACUUAGACUGGCACCCUGAAUGAAUGCAUUUAGUAUCAAGAACUCAAAAAAAAAUUGUGUACCUUACAACAUAUCAAAACACUGUUUAAGUUAUUCUUGGAACCUUAUACAUUUAGAAACAACACCUCCUCACAUCAAAGAAGUUCAGGCUUUGUAGAAAAUUUUCAAAAAAAUUGUAUUAAUUAUCUCUUUUUACCGGUCAACGUUACCAAAUACUCAUGUAAAGCCACUGACUUAUUUUUUUUUGGAGGAAAGGCAAAUGAUCUUGUUGAAACUUGAAAGAGUUCUCUUUCAAAUUAUUUUAAGCUCCCUAACAAUCAUAUAGGACAAUCCAUGUCAUGUGUUUUAUGCGUGCAUUCAGCUUCGCUGACCUAGUCAACUUUUAAUCAUCAUAAUUUGGGCACCUUUCCCAGAUUUGAUCCUUGCCUUUGAUGUUUCCAAUAGCCUGCCAUGGUCAUAGGACUGUGAUUUUAACCGAUUUCUUCAUUGUUUGAAUCCAUCUUAAGAGAUGCUGAUCUUUGAAACUAAUUCAAGAAUGAGUCUAUGGCGAAAUUGAGCUGGUAAGAGGUCAAACUCAGUCACUUAAAUUUUGUGCUCUAUCAUUUUUUAAUUGCAUCUGUUGAAGGUAGAAAACUUCUUAAGGUAGAUCUUCAACUUUUGCGCAAUGUAUUCCAGGUACAAUUGAUAUAUUUCUAAUUUAAAUCUUUAAAUGAGUUAUUUUGGGAAAAUCUAAAUUUCAGUCUGUAGAUCAAUCAUUGAGGAAUUUUUGUGCAGAAAAUCAUCUUCCAAAGUCUUUAAACAAAUUCAAAGCUCUGUUUCCAAGUUACCAUCGGUAUCAAUACCUUGAAAUUGGUCGCAAAAUGAUUACAGUAUUUUUCACUUUAUUUCAAGAUUUUGGAAGAAGAUUUUCUGCAUGAGCAUUCCUUAAUGAUUAGUCUAUAGACCGAAAUUUCGAUUUUCCAUAAACACUCAACCAAAUGGUUAAAAUUUGAAAUAUAUCGAGUGUACCCAGGAUGCAUUGUGCAAAAGCUGAAGAUCCAUCAUGACACCUACUCAAGUUCUAAAAUGUUCCACUGGGAAAAGGUUCUAAAAAAUGUGACCAGAAAGUCUCCUUGAAAUUUUUGAAUGGUGAUUUUGGAGUUUUCCAAAAUUUCGGUCCUCAAAUUAGUUAUUAAAAUGUUUAGAAUUUACAUUUUCCCUUUACUAACACUGACUUUUGACUCAAGCAGUAGUUGAAUUGAAAAUGUAGCAAAUCGGAUUUGGUUGGUUUUCAUCACUUGUUUUUGCCAUUGAUACACUUUAAGUCCUAAGUUCAGCCCUAUCAUGGAGAUUAAAAAAGUCUGCACUUCCUUAAAUAAGGAAUUAUUCUUAAUGAUUAUCAGUCAAUCAUCAUUAGCCUGUAGCUUGAACCAACUUCAAUCAUUUUGUAUCAGCUUAAAUUGUUGGAACAGACAAUCGCACAUUUUACUACACCUUUUUGAUUUAGAAACUUUACUUUAUCCUGUUAAAUUUUAGAUUUUCUGUAGGAUAAUACCUACAUUUUUUUUUUAAAAGUUACGAACAUGUCUCGAGUCUUACAUUUAUGCUCCCUAUGUGCUCGGUAUGAGCUCUCCUAAUUGAAGCUCUAAUACCUAGUUGCAAUGAAAUAAUAGGUUAGACACACAUUUGUCAGAUGGUAUGCCUACUAUGACCUUAAAAAUGAAUCUUGCAAUAUUUUAUUUUAGAUGUAGAAUGUUUUGUGUUUUGUGUAAUGACAAGGGUUGGCCAUUUUAUCUGGCAAAUUAACUCCAGACAAUAGUGCUAUCCGGGUUGGUUGGAGUGAGUUAAUGUCAGAAUUAAUAUUAUUAUUACUCUUUUUUUUUCUCAAAAUUAUGCCGCUGACUUGUGUGAAAACCUUUCCUGUUCAUUGGUUUUUUACAGAAUUUAAAUUUGAAGUUUUUUCGUCUUACUCAUGAUAACUGCUACCAACUGACCAAAGUUUCAACAUUAUGAAGCUUUGAAAAUGAUCCAUCGACUUGCAGUAAGUCACCGAAAUAAAUUCUAAAGCAAUUUAUUGAGCAUUAUACAUUUUCGCACAAAAUGAUACAUUUGCAAAAAAAAUUACAAGCUUGAUGCACCCAACUCCCAAAAUUUGCAAUCAAAUCAUUUUGCAACAUUCUGCAGGGAAAGAGGGAAACAGAACUUUGUUCGGGAGGUUAUUCUUUUAGGACAGCAAAGUGGGUUAAAGUUGUGUUAUUUUCGUUUUUGAUGGAAAACUCUCUUCUGUAUCUCUCUGUAUCUACAAAUUAAGAGCUGAGUAGCUUAUAUUCCUGUUCACAAAUGCAUUUUAAUUGGACUCAAGACUCAGCUGAUUUUGAAAUUUGGUUUGAUAAAAUUUAUAUGUUACUUCAAGAAAAUUCAGUUUUCAAACUUGAAAUCAUUGUAACUCGGCCUUUUACAUCUUGGAAAUUUUGUACUAAACUUGACCGAAGAGUAGUCUUAAUCCAGUGAUUUUAAAAUUUUUGUGUGGAUUACUAAAAAUGAAAGUUUAUUUUCUCAUGUUAAGUCAUGAUUUGUCUGAAAAAAAAGUCUUCUCAAAGACAGAUAUCUUAGAGACACUGCUCUUUAACCUCUCGCGACUAUGUUUAACCAUCAUGUAGAAAUUGGCCUCCUUUUUUUUCUCUCUUCUUUUAUUAUUGACAGUAUUUAUUUUUAAAUACAUGUAUUGGGAUGGACGGAGUGGUACAAAUGUCUCUCCGUAACUAUUAAAUGUUCACAAAAUGUUCAUCUUUACUUGCUAACAAUUAUCCUCUGAUAAUAGAUCUGGAUAAAGUAACCAGAAGUUUCCUCAAUGCUCCCGAUACAUGUUGUUUCACAAGCAAUAAUAUUGCAUAUUAUUGUUAUCAUGUGGAUCUGUUCAUUUUAAGUGUCAGGUUUAUAAUGUCAGCUAGUUCAUCUCAUCUAUCAAAAUAUUUCUCAAAAAUGUUUUUCUUUACCUUACUUUUAUAGUUUUAUAGAGAAAGAUUCUCUCAUAACAUGCAAAAAAAACCGAAAAAACCAAUGCCUCAAAAUUUAAAAAAAUCAAACGUAUCUAACUAUCCCCUUGAGCUCCAUAGGUAUUGACACACAAAACAAGGUACAUUCAAUUUAUUUUUAUUAGCUGAUCCUCUAAAUUUGAAUCUAGUCUUGCAAAUGCAAAAUGAAAAUCAAACUAAGAAGUUAAAGUAUCACAGGAUCUUGGGGGCGUACUCUGUCACUCUCUGAUCGCUAUGGUAAUGAGUCUAAUCCACGAAGAACAAUCUAUUGCUUGUACGAUCAAGGCAUACACUGUGCCUACCUAGAAUUAGAGUGACUUUUGUUUAAUUUUUACUUUCAUUAUAGUUAAGAGCUGUACAUAAGUAUAUGUUUUUUAUAUUUAUCAGUCUCUUUGAUUUCUCAUUAUUCGUGUAUUAUAAAUUUCUGUAAAAUUUGGUUUUCUAUCUAGUAUUCUCUUUUUCACUAUCAGUAUUUUGAUUUUAUUUGUGUGACCUUGUAUUUUCUUUUUUCAUUAUUUUUCCACGUCAUCUUCAGUUUUUUUCCUGGAUAUUUCCUCACAGUCUCUGUUCAUUAGAUUAUAUUUUUUAAACAUAAGUUAACGUAAACUCAGUUUGUAAUAUCAUUGUUUUUUUUUUCUUAUUUUAAAGUGACAAGUGUAGUUUUUGAUCAUGUAUUCUUUUUGUCUUCCUUGCUGCGUGGUGCAUUUCUUAAUAUCUUGUUGACUCUACCAACUGUAUUCCAAUCCUGAAUGUUCUAUUUCAUUGAGCUGAAGUUAAAAAAUCCUCAUUUAAAAUGAUAAUUUUGAAAAUGCUCAACAGCAGAGUCAAAAAAGGAAAUUUUGAAUUCAGUUUUUUCCUAAAUCGUCUCUUGGAGUCAACCAAAAGAACUUGAAUUAUACAAAAAAAUAAUGUACUUUCACACACGUUUGAAAUUAGCCAGUACGGUGAGAAACCUCGUCUGUUUUAUGGAUGAAAAUACAAAAGAUAUCACACUUGAACCUGAGAUUAAGUCUUGCAUUGUUUUUCAUUUUUUUUUAUUCUUUUGUGCAACUUGCUGAUUGCACAGUUGUAUGGCUGUAAUAGAAAAUAAUAUUUUAUCAUUUUGCUGUUUAAGCAACAUAAAAAUUAUUUUUUGUUCCGGGUCAAAAUUAUGACUCCGCGGUUCGAUCUUUGUAAUUGUUAAAUUUGCCAAAAUGUAGAUCUAAGAACACAAAUGAAAGUAACAGUUUAAGAUAAAUGUCAUUAUUUUAAUUUUUAAUCGACUUUUAUCAACUCAAAAUUAAGUUUGAAAUUUGAAAUUGAUGCAUAUCAGCAUUUUUGCCAGUGUAUUAAAACGUAUGGCAUGACCUGUAAUUUUGAAACUGUGUAACGAAAUGAGGAGUAAAUUAAUUAAUCCACCUUAUUUUUUGAAGGGUCACAUUUUCAAUAGCUUUUAUCGGCAGUUGAAUUAACACUGGUUCAAGCACUAAAUAUGUUACGUUCUCUGCUGCCUCUGAAGGUGGAAAAUUUGUACAAUUUUUUAACUGGAAAAAAGGGGGAAUCCCCCUCCAUAGGUUAGACUUAAUUUCCUUGAUGUCAUACAUUUGUUGAUUUUUUUUAUUUUCUUUAUUGUUACAUUUGUUGUGCUGUAAGAAAAUGUUGGUACUUCAUCUCCUCGAAGGUCACACCAAAAUUCAAAACUUAGAUUUAUGUGCUCCUAAUGGAAAAGCCAUAACUAUAGCCUAAAAAGCACCAGGUGAGUCAGAGGCUAUGUGGAAAUGCUGCCAUAAAUAUAAAGCAGAGAGCACCAUAUAAAUACCUCCAUGUCAAAUAUAGACAGCUGGAUUGUAUUAUAGUUCAUUUUCCCAAUUUUCAUCUCAGACUGAUCAUAAUUUAUAAGUAUUGGAUUUUCAGGGUUCAUUCUACUUGUUACAGCCUAUUCUUUUUGGUAAUAUUAAAAUGCCUCUGGGGUGAGUCACUCGAGUAGUUGGAUCGUAACAGGAUUUCUGUGUACGUUAAAAAAUAAUAGCCAAAGAGAAAAACUUGCCCUAGUUUUUGCACAAUUUUUGGUUGACGAUCCUGACAAUUUAAAUAAUAACUCGGCUGAAAGUUUUCGUCAAGAAAGCAGAGGUCAUUAAAUGUAGAAAAGGCAGAAUAGGACUUCUUCUUGUACAAGAGCUCGCACAUCAUAUUUCCACUGAGACUAUGAAAAGAAGAACAGGCCAGAUAUUCACUCUGUUCGAGUCUUAAUAAACACUUUCAGAAUUCGAGCACAUAAUAUGGAAGAUUAUCCAUUUUUGCCAACAAAUUAAAGUUUUAAUAAUUUGACUCAAAAUUUGGCACAUUCAAUUUUCCUUAUCUUGAAGUACAAGAAGGACACCUGCAAAUAUCAAUCACUUGAAAGAGAAAUUGAUCAGCUUCAUCUCAUCAAUAGCCUACAUGGGAAGGCUGUUGCUGUUAUGUGAAGUAUGUCUUUAUUAAAUUAGGUAAAAAAAGAGGUGAUGUAAAAAAUAUGUAGGACUUGCUUGCACCUUCCAGUUCUCAAUCUGCGAAGAUGUAUGAACAUCCUGCCCCUAUAAUCCUGGGCCGAGGUGUUCUGUCGCACUAGAGGAUUGAGAACCAAAUGGCUCAGUUAAGUCACAUAGCAUGAUUUUAUAAUGUACAAACUUGAUCGGUAGAAGGAAAACUCAAUGCACGAAAUUUGUUCUGCAGAUUCCUUUCGAUAAGCCUGAAGUAUUCAAUAUUUUUUCAUGGAAAGAUUAGCAAUUUGUAAAAACUAGAUUUUGUUCUUUCAAUGUGCUCUCUGUUUUUGGAAAUCUGAUAUUUUUCUCGUGCAAGUUUCAGUAUUUUUGAUGUGCAUUUACGUAUUAACGAUGCUUGUAGAUUAUUAAACAUAUUAAUGAGUUAGAGAGUACGACUAUUUCAUGACGUCAUAGGUUUUUGAACUGUAAUAAAAAGUAGAAAAAGAUUUUUACGAGCUUGGUUUGGAAAGAUUUGUAGUUAUCAGAUUUUUAAAUUUGUUGGUGAAUUUUAUAUGUAUAGUCUAGUUUUUGAACAUAUUUAUUGUUUGUCAUUAGAGAUUAAGUGAAUGUUAAUGCAACAUAUCUGUUAAUUUUUUAAUUCAUUUGGAAAUUUAUUUAUUAUAUUGCACGAAGUUGUCAUCGCAAAAAGAAUUAAAGUUUAAAUUUUGUUCGAAAAUGAUUUACUCAUUGUUAUUUAUUAAAGUUAAACAUGAAGUUCCUCCCCAUUUUUCUAUUUCCUACUCAUAAGUGUGUAAAACUUUGUUUUGCUUACUUCCAGACAAAUCUUCAAUAGUAGGAAUUUACGGCUGUUUUCAAGUUACAUUGUUUUUUUUUCUUCUCUUUUUUUUGUGAAUUACAAUCAUCAAAUUAAAAAGUUUGUCGAUGUAAA